GUGUCAGACGGUGCUUUGCGCUGCUUUGCCUCACUUGCUGACCGGUUCACACGUCGUGGUGUAGACCCUGCCCCUUUAGCCAAACAUGGCUUGACAGAGGAGCUGCUGUCCCGCAUGGCGGCUGCUGGAGGCACAGUGUCAGGCCCCGCCUCUUCCUGCAAGCCAGGCCGGCCUUCAGCAGGUGCAGGCCCCUCGGCUUCUGACUCGAAAUUGAGCAACCAGGUGUCUACCAUUGUCAGCCUGCUGUCAACACUCUGCAGGGGGUCUCCGCUAGUGACACAUGACUUGUUGCGUUCAGCACUGCCCGAUUCGAUGGAGUCAGCACUGGGAGGAGAUGAGCGCUGUGUACUGGACACCAUGCGGCUGGUUGACCUCCUGCUGGUGCUCCUGUUUGAGGGGCGAAAAGCGCUGCCAAAGUCCACAGCAGGGUCGACGGGCAGGAUCCCAGGGCUGCGACGUCUGGACAGUUCUGGGGAGAGAUCACACCGACAGCUCAUCGACUGUAUCCGUAGCAAGGACACAGAUGCUCUCAUCGAUGCCAUUGACACUGGAGCAUUUGAGGUGAACUUUAUGGAUGAUGUCGGACAGACGCUGCUCAACUGGGCUUCAGCUUUCGGCACGCAAGAAAUG